AGCUGUAGACUCCUUCCUACACCCGAGUGAAUGCAGCUGCCCCGCCUGUUGCUGUCAUCCUGCAAUCCAGCUGGGUCGGUUGGCGAAACUCAGGAAUUUGUAGGUGUAACACAGGGAGGAAGGGAAGGAGGACGGAGAACGAUGAAGUUGGACAACAAGCCAUGAAGGUCCGCAGAUGGGGAACUCCUGGGAGACUCUGUUCCUUCGCUGAAGGCCGGUUAGGACUUGGAAGAAACUUCAGUCUGGAUUGUGUCAGCCCUGAAAGAGCAGAUGUAGCCUUGGGAACCCCUGAGAAUUCUCCCCCGUAGAAGGGAACGAAGCUGGAAUUCCAAGGCUUGACUGGCCAGGCCACCAUCCGCCUUUCAAGCUUCAAUUAGUCCGCUGCAUUUUGGGAGAUUUGCGUUGCAGGAAACAGCAGGACGGCGGAGAAAAUGGAGGUUUUUAAUAAACACUUUUCCUUGAGAGCCUGUUUCCUAGCCCUGUGGAUUAUUCUGGUCCAAGCAAGCAGGCUUCAUAUUGUGUCCAUCCCGGAGACCCCCGCCGAAGGCCAGAAUGUCACUUUCUCUGUGGAAAGAGUGCAGGGCAACAUCCGUGAGGUCAACUGGUACCGAGGGAUGGCCUCUCAGGGGUCUACAAGGAUCUUCACCUUUUUCCCCAGAAACCCCCGUCCUCAGCGCAACGGGGUUCAAUUUACCAACAGAGAAUUUGGUUUCCACAACGGAUCUAUCCAGAUCACUGGGCUGAAGCCCAGUGACGUCGGCCAGUACAACGUUGUGAUUAUACUGCGGCCCCAAGAAAUUCUCAAUGCCUCCGUUGAGCUCCGGUUGGGUACACCAUCUGUGGCCACAGUGACCACAGCAACCACAGUGACCACAGCAACAACCACAGGGACCUCACCCCUUAAGGAAGUUCCCAAGGAGCCUUCGAAGUUGGGCUGGAUCGUGGCCGGAGUGCUGGUCGGCAUUUUGCUAUGCGGGGCACUGGUAGCCAUUAUGGUUUACCGGUUUGUUUUACAGAAAUCCGAACACAGCACAGGGGUAGUGGGAAAAUUGGAUCUAGGAGCAAGAAUAUCACCUCCAUCUAAUCAUGAUGACAAGGAACCCAUUUAUGAAGUGGCGGAUUCUCCAGUGGAAAAUCCAAAGGAUCUGCUCCCGACAUCUCGCCCUCUUCCGCCUCUUGCAGGAAGUUGCCCCAAGCCGGACUCAAACUAUAUGGAUUUACUCUAUAGGUCUGACUCCAUUUACUCUGAAAUCAAGAGAUAAUAAUACUAUUGCUGAGAGAUUCCUGAUUCUCGUGUCAUCUCGGAUAAUGGCCCAUCCAAAAAUGUUGGGAUAAAAACCAUAUACUGCCAUCCAAAUAUUUCUAUCUUUAUGGGAUCGAAGACUCUUUCUCUGCCGGACUGCGAAUAUAGAAAAUGACAUUAACCUAGCGUUAAAUCCAGAUUUUAUUGAACCCAAGACUGUCCCUUGAUGGAAGGGAGUCAAAACGAAUUAUCAGUUGGCCAUCAUCUUUCACCCAAAAUGUGGGCUAGGAUUUAGAAGAUCUACAGGGAUGGAAGAAGAAAUGGACAGCUGAGGCUGUCGCUCAAUACAGACUUGAUUGGGGGUUGGACUAGAAGACCUCCAAGGUCCCUUCCUGCUCUGUUAUACUGUGAUCGUGCAAUUCUUCUAAAAAUUCUGAGGACCCCAAAUAAUUCACAUACAGAGAAAAAGCUUUAUUCUCUCCAGAUGUGUCUGCGUAUGUGUGUUUGUGCAAAUCUUGCAGGGAUGUUCAGCUGACCUCAGCUUUGAGACUAGAUGUUCAGCCUAGAAGAUGGGCUUCUUGGAGAUAACCAGAGAGUGAUGAGGACCUCUCAGGACCUUUGAGGUUUUCACCAAUGGUGCUUUUCUAUCUCCAAGAGGAAGCAUCUUUAAUCCCAUCAUAUGUCUGCAGCAGAGAUAUCUUUAUCUCCAAGAGGAAGCAUCUUUAAUACCAUCAUAUGUCUGUAGUAGUCUAUCGGUUCAACAACUUUUAAAGCAGAGAUUGGAUGACCAUUUGUCUGAAACGAUAUAUGGUUUCCUGCCUGAGCAGGGGGUUGGACUAGAAGACCUCCAAGUUCCCUUCCGACUCUGUUAUUCUGAUCACCGUUCCUUCCUUAAGAUCGAACUGCCGUAUUCUGACUUCUACAUCUUGAUCAUGACUGAACCUUUCCCCACAUUCGGUUUCCAUGCUCCAGAGCGUUUACUUCUGAAUUUUUUUUUAGUGGAUUGGCUCAUGAUCAGUGCUCGCAAUAUGAAAACUUCCCCAAAGCAACCCGUCCUCCUAUCCCUGGGCUUGUUCCCAAAACUGGAACGCAUCCAGCGUGGGGCGCAUCAUUAAAAUGCAGGCUGCGCCUUGCCAGUUCUCAGGACUUUGGAAUGCAUGCCUGCCUUUAAGAACAGGUUGUCACCAGGCAGAAAUUAUGAAGGUGCAGCUGGGCCAUUCUUGUUUUUUUUUCUCAGCCUGGAAAAAGGGAGGGAACUAUUUUCUCUGCAUCGGGAAAUUAGGUCGUUUGUUCUUAAAGGCCCAGCUGAGCACCAGCACAAAAAGAGAAACCUUGGCAGUAGAAUAACAGAAUAACACAGUUGGAAGGGACCUCAGAGGUCUUCUAGUCCAACCUCUUCUUGGCAGCCAAGAAAAUGAACUCGGAAUUUUUGCAAGAUCGGAUCUGGUAGCCUGAAUUUUCAUGUAUAUAAAAUAUCAAAAGAAGCAACAGUGUUUGAAUAUUUCCCGUAUAUGUUUACAAGAAGCUUAAAUAAAAUACGGAUGAAAGAUUG